CACAGGACUUGUUGGGUUAGACCAAAAACUGAACAUUGAGUCAUUGACAGCUCUGUACUUACGCAUCCUCACCCUUUUUAUUCCGUGUUGGCUUCUCUCUUCAACAUAACGGGAAAUUCCUGGCCUCUUUUCUCUCACGUUCCUUUUCCAUAUCCAUUUCAUUUUUUCAAAACUUCCUUCGAUUCCUAUUUUCUAGAUUCCUUCCUUGUCCUCUCCGAUCCUAAUGGAGGAUGCUGCUGCUACUGCUACUGCUACUGCCACCGCUAAUGUGUUGGGAGCCAAAGAGGGAACUAUCUCUGUUGCUUCGGCAUUUCCUGGUCAUCAAGAAGCUGUACAGGAUAGAGACCACAAGUUCCUAACAAAAGCUGUGGAAGAAGCAUAUAAGGGGGUCGAAUGUGGCGAUGGAGGCCCAUUUGGUGCAGUUGUUGUUCGAAAUGAUGAAGUGGUUGUAAGCUGUCAUAACAUGGUUUUAAGAAACAGUGAUCCCACUGCCCAUGCCGAGGUUACUGCUAUACGAGAGGCUUGUCAAAAGCUGAAUCAAAUUGAACUUGCUGACUGUGAAAUCUAUGCUUCUUGUGAGCCUUGUCCAAUGUGCUUUGGUGCAAUUCAUCUUUCAAGAAUUAAGAGACUGGUUUAUGGAGCUAAAGCAGAAGCUGCCAUAGCAAUAGGAUUUGAUGAUUUCAUUGCCGAUGCACUGAGGGGCACUGGUUUUUAUCAGAAGGCCCAGUUAGAAAUAAAAAAGGCUGAUGGUAGUGGAGCUGUUAUUGCAGAACAAGUAUUUGAGAAGACCAAAGCCAAGUUUCCUCUGUACUGAUUUGCUUUUAAUCCCUUAUUAAAACUGAACUCGAGUUACAAUUGCUCAGGAAAAUUUCAAUUUCUCACUAUAACCAUACUCAUGAGUCAUGAUUUCAAGAAAUAUAAAAUUUAUAUCCUCUUGUGUUGGUGUU